UUUUACUCCUUUUUAAUUAUUUAUGUUGUUUGCUUUCCCCCUUUUUCUUGUCGAAAUUGCUGGCUCUUUCAGCGAAUAGUUUGUUCAUUUUCUUGCAUGUGAAAGAAGUACUGUACCCUUGUCAUAGCGUCCCGUCCGUGUAAACGUCACCAAAGAGAUACAGCCACAAUUAGAUUAUUUGCGUUGUACGAGCAAUCCAAUCGCCGACGGAGUUUCGCUGUCUUCUCUCUUUCUAAGCACAAAAUUUCCAUCGCUAUUGAACUUACAUAACGAUUGUUAUUUCUUCAUUCUCUUCAUCCUUAAUUGAUACACAACACGCGACACUUCAUUUCUGCGCGCCGUCGCAUCAAGCUUCAUCAUGAACGCCUCCAAAAUGUCCUACCUCUCGCGCUUAAGCCCCAUUCCCUCAUUCCCUGAGUACACAGGGCCCUACAAGGUCGGCACCGUCGAUGUCGAGAUUCCUAUCUCUGAACUUGAAGCGCCCAGCGCUGCCCCAGAAGGCGUCGAUAAGAUUCAUACCGUCCAGUAUCGCAUGUUCUACCCAGCUGUUCCCGAAUCGCACGAGAAGCACAUCAGCUGGUUGCCCAAUCCUCAGCGACAGCAUCUCGUUGCAUACACAAAGUUUCUUGGUAUUGGGCCUAUGUUGGCAGAGUUCCUUUCAUUCCUGCCCCGACAUCUUCACUAUACUACGAUCCCAGCCCACAAGAAUGCGAAACUCCUCGAAUCCUCGACCGAGAACAAGCGAUGGCCAACCAUGAUCUUUUCCCACGGUCUGGGAGGAUGCCGAAACUCCUACUCUUACAUCGCAGGCUCCCUUGCCUCUCACGGUAUCGUCGUCAUCUGCCCUGAGCAUCGCGAUGGCAGCGCCGUCGCAAGCUUCAUUCGAAUUCCCGAGAAGCAAAACGGAACCAUUACCUCCAACGGCCGAAUUCAUGUUCCCUACGAGAAGAUCUCACACGAUGUCAGCCCCGAAGUCUACCAAGCCCGCGAAGCCCAACUCCGAAUUCGAUGCUGGGAGCUCGGUAUGAUCCAUCAAGCCAUGCUCGCCGUUGACAAUGGCACACAAUUGACCAACCUGAACCGCUCGACCCCUAGCCUCGAUCAAUUCAUCGGCCGAUGCAAUAUCCACGAGCCUGGCAGCAUCAUCUUCGCUGGCCACAGCUUUGGAGCAGCUACUAUGACACAAUUGCUCAAGAGCACAUACUACGCCGAUGUUCCAGAAGUUGCCGCCAUGGAGAAGCCCAUCUUUGUCCCUGCUGAGGGCAGUGAUAUUCGAAAGCAGGUCACUGAGAAGACACUCGUCAUGUUGCUCGACAUGUGGUGCAUGCCCUUGAUGGCUCCCAACUCGGCACCCCUGUUCAAUCUGCCGCUACCUGCAUAUGCCGACAAGGCCAGCGCUCCUGGUGGAAAGGCUAUUCUGGCAGUCGAAUCGGAGCACUUCUUCAAGUGGACCGACCAUCUUCACAUGAAGGCGCGUGUUCUGAGCCCAGAUCCUACCGUCAAGGUUGUUACAACCCAGCUUUUCGAACGACCCAGUGGGUACAAGAUGUCAGAACCAAACUUCUUCUACGUCGUCAACUCUGCGCAUCUCAACCAGUCCGACUUUGGAAUCUUGUUCCCAUGGUUGACGCAGAAGAUCUUCAAGGCUGAACAGCCCGAGCGAGCGCUUCGUCUUAACCUCCGCGCCCAGCUCCAGAUGCUUCGCGAGAACAACGUCCCCGUCGGUCGUACAUUCGCUGGAGACCUCGUUGACGGUACUUCGUUCGAUAAGCUCGACAAGUUCAACGAAGCCAACGGCGAUCCCUGCAAAGACGGCAUCAACAAUGAUCAAGCCAUCUUUGACAAGAGCGGUAACAACCCUGUCGAGUUCUGGCGAUGGAUCGACAUCAUUGGUCUUGGAGACGCCGUGGGUAAGAAGACGACCGAGAAGAAGGUCGAGGAGGGCGAGGAGGAGAUGAAGGGCGAACUUGACCCCAGUGAGGAGUUGCCCGGAGCACCACCUUCUAUGACCGGAGCUGUCAGUGCUGCUGCAGCGUAAAAGGACGGACAAAAUGAUUAUGAAAGCGAUUUGAUCUUUGGAUGGGAUUACUUGGAGAUACCUCUUUUGGCGCAAGGUUGGGAAAGGCAUAUUGGUUUUGUAAGGAUAUUGGAUACGAAUACCAGCUAGACUCUUUUGUACAGUACGAAUACAUAUGUGUUGAUUCA